GGAAGAUCAUCGAUUAGCUCGCGUAUCGGUUCUUACGUUGAAGAAAAUUUUCUAAACAAGCUAUCCGCUGCAACACGAAAAGGUCGCACGAUGACAGGACGCUGAAUGGAUUCGGAAGCCCUUGGAAGAUCGGCAGGCACGUCACUGGUGCUCUGCUGGUAUAUAAAACGAGGCUGUUCUCCGUGUCGAUUCAGUCGUUGAGAUUCAGUCGGCAGCAGAAUCGGACGAGGCCCCGCCCGCGCCGCACAGCCGCCGUGCCACUCCGUAUUCGAUCAACGUACUCAAGAUGGUGGUGAACUUUAAGGUGUUCAAGAAAUGUUCUCCAAACGGGAAGAUCGGGCUGUAUCUGGGCAAGAGGGACUACAUCGACUAUCUGUCUGGAAUCGAGCCAGUGGACGGUGUAAUCCUGCUGGACCAGGACUACGUGGACACCGGUAGAAAGGUCUGGGGACAGCUGAUCUGCAGUUUCCGAUAUGGUCGAGAAGAGGACGAGGUGAUGGGGCUGAACUUUCAAAAGGACCUUUACCUCAUCUCCGAGCAACUGUUCCCACCGACCAAGAAGAUGGAGGAAAAUUUAACGAAACUGCAAGACAGACUACUGAAGAAACUGGGACCGAACGCUAUUCCGUUCACCUUCAAGUUUCCUGCGAGUGCGCCAUCCAGCGUAACCUUGCAACCAGGCGAAGUGGAGACAGGCGAACCUUGCGGUGUCAGCUACUACGUAAAAAUCUAUUCGGGUGAGAUGGAGACCGAUAUUACUCAUAAGAGGAGUACGAUCACGAUGGGCAUCAGGAAGAUUCAAUACGCGCCUACGAAACAGGGUCGGCAGCCUUGUACCGUUGUACGCAAGGACUUUCUUUUGAGUCCAGGCGACCUGGAACUCGAGGUGACCCUGGACAAACAAUUGUACCAUCAUGGCGAAAGAAUAGCGGUGAACGUCUGCGUACGAAACAACAGCAACAAGGUGGUGAAGAAGAUGAAGGCAUUGGUGCAGCAGGGUAUCGACGUGGUAAUAUUCCAAAACGGUCAGUUCAGGACGGUGAUCGACGCGGUGGAGACCCAAGACGGCUGUCCGAUUAAUCCAGGCUCGAACUUGACCAAGGUGCUAUAUCUGAAACCACAGCUGGAAAAUAACAAGCAUCGCAGGGGAAUCGCUUUGGACGGUAGAUUGAAGAGGGACGAGAGCGAGCUGGCAUCUAGCACUUUGCUCACCUCUCCUGAUGUUCGCGACUCUUUCGGUAUCGUCGUCUCUUAUGCCGUCAAGGUGAAACUUUAUCUUGGAGCACUGGGCGGAGAAUUGUCAGCAGAGUUGCCGUUCAUUUUGAUGAGGCCGAAGCCUACGGAACGAAUCAAGGUGGUAAACGCGGACAACAUCGAGGUGGAGGACACUACGGAGGAAAAGAAGCCCAUCGGUUAAACAAUACCUCACCUCUUUCGCCAACUUAUUUCGCGAGAUUUUCAUUUUCACGCUAUUCGAUUGUCUUCGAACUAACUUUCAAUUAGUUUCAAUAAUUUCACAUUCGUAUAAAUCUACAUAUGUAGAUGGUGUAUUUUAGAGAUCGAAAACAGUAUUAAUCACGAUUGUUGCAGGCAAUAAACGACGCUCCCAUGUAUAGAAAAAAUAGUUUGUUUCUGCAAUAGUUGAGCUGAGCUGAGCUGCAAUUAUAAUAUUCCCUAGAAUAAAAUAUGUAUCUAUGUUAUCCUAUUAUGUACAAGAUUAUAUUGUACGUACACACACAUUCCGUUUCUUUUUCCAGUCCAUCUUUGAAUCUUCGAAUUAGCCGAAUAAAGAAAUGUUGAAAUA